CAUGAACAAUCUAGAAAAAAAAAUCCCUUUUAAAAGGAACCAAAAGUAUCAGCCCCACCUCAAGCAAAUCUUUGAAUUCGACCCAACUUCUUGAAGAUGGGUAUGGUAUUUGGAAGGAUUUGCGUCGAAACCCCGAAAUACGAAGUGAUUCAAUCUUCAGCCGCUUACGAAAUUCGUAAAUAUGUACCAUCCGUGAUAGCUGAAAUCACGUAUGAUCCAUCACAAUUUAAGGGCAACAAAGAUGGUGGCUUUACUGUAUUGGCCAACUACAUUGGCGCUCUAGGAAACCCACAAAACACAAGGCCCGAAAAAAUUGCAAUGACCACACCAGUAAUAACAAAGAACCCAGAAAAGAUAGCCAUGACAACCCCGGUCGUGACCAAGACCGGUGGCGCCGGAGAAGAGGAGCUCAAGAACAUGGUGACUAUGCAGUUUUUGUUGCCGGCAAAGUAUCAGAAGGCGGAGGAGGCACCGAGGCCGGUCGAUGAACGGGUGGUAAUAAGAGAGGAGGGGGAGAGGAAGUAUGGGGUGGUGAAGUUUGGGGGAGUGGCAACUGAGGAGGUGGUGAAGGGGAAGGUAGAGAAGCUGAAGCAGAGCUUGGAGGAAGAUGGGUAUAAGGUAAUUGGGCAGUUCUUGUUGGCAAGGUAUAACCCACCUUGGACUUUGCCUCCAUUCAGGACCAACGAAGUUAUGGUUCCAGUUGAGUGAAGCUUGGAGCCUAAACUAAAUUAUAUGUAUGAUAUGCUUUUCUCUUCCGUUCAGGUUUAGAUGUAAACUAAAUUAUAUGAUAUGAUAUGAUAUGCUUCUGUUUACCUUGACUA